GACGAACUCAUGGGAUGCAGACAAAAUUCCUGCACGACUAGUGUUAUAUUUCCUUUCUUGGUCUGGUUUUCUGGUAUCUUUUAUGAUGCGCAACGACAUGAAUUUCGCUUUGGUGGCUAUGUUUACAAAUGGAAAUUCUACUCAAAACCAACAAAACGGAUCGCCAAUAAUUUUGGGCUCUGAAGAUCAAAUAUCUAUUGUAAAAUCUGUCAUAAUAGGUUCAUUCUAUUGGUGUUACGUGUUGUCACAGGUGGCUGGAGGAGUUGCUACAGAACUGUUUGGAACCAAGUGCGUAUUUGGAUGGUCCCAGUUAGCAACAGCUUUUUGUAGCAUUUUGAUGCCGUCAGCAGCAAAAUUUCAUUACAUAGCUGUUAUUGUGUUAAGAUCUGUCCAGGGUUUUGCUUCUGGCCUCACUUGGCCUGCCAUGUAUGCAAUAGUUGGAUAUUGGAUACCACUAACGGAACGUUCACGUUUUAUGUCAAGUUUUCAAGGUUUCAGCAUUGGUAUCGGGCUAACUUACCCGUUGUGUGGAUUUAUUUUGUCAGAAUUUGGUUGGACAUACGUUUUUUAUACAACAGGCAGCUUAGGACUUGGAUGGUGUUUAUUAUGGUAUUUACUAGCUUUUAAUACACCCCGUGAGCAUCCUCGGAUUGCUGAAGAAGAACUAAAAUACAUAGAACUUAACGUAAGAAGAGAAGUACACAAUGCAGCCAAAGUUAAAGUCCCCUGGCUGAAAAUAUUUAAGUCCUUUCCUGCUUGGGCGAUUGCUAUAACAACGUUUGGACGAAUAUUUGUACAUUAUAUUUUUAUUGUUAAUGGUCCCACUUUUAUGGGAAACGUUUUAAAAUUUAAUUUUGAAACAAAUGGCUUUCUAUCUGGAAUGCCAUUUGUUUGCUCGUAUAUUUCAUCUGUAUUUUUUUGUUAUAUGGCUGAUAAAUUUGUGUUGUACAAGGUUUUAAAUCUAACUAAUGUAAGAAAAUUAUUUACCGCGCUAUCACAAAUUAUUCCAGGGCUCUUGAUAUAUUGUAUCGGGUAUAUAGAUAAUGUCCACAUUUUGUUAACUGUAUGGUUUAUAGCGGUGAUAUUUAUAACUGCAUCUUAUGCAGGAGCAAUGGCUAAUAUAAUUGACUUAGCGCCGAAUUAUGGACAUUCUGCUGCCGUUCUGGCAUUUUGCCAAACAAUUCAUAUGUCUGCGUCCUUUAUUUCUCCGUUGACUGCUGGAUUUAUAGUAACUCGAGAGGACUCUAUUGAUCAAUGGCGAAUUGUUUUUGAAGUAUCCGCGAUUAUUUCGAUAUUGACUUACGCUGUGUAUCAGAUUUUUGGAACGGCUGAAAUACAAUCUUGGAAUAAAGAGCUACCUACACAUGACGAUUCAGACGAGGGAAAGAUUUUCUCGAAACCAAAAGAAGAUUCGGAUAAAACUAUCGGACCAAUUUAAAAUAUCGUACUUAAAAUAAUGCCAAGGUUAUACCAUUAAUAAAUAUUCUGUUACUUUAUGUUUGCUAUGCAUGUAAAAUAAAAUACAUAAUUGUGCGUA